GUGAUACCCCACACCGCACCACCUACCCUACAUCAUACCCGUACAUACACCUCAAGUACUGUCUUGUCUCAAAACAUCUGCUCUCCCCGCCCGACAACUUCAGCCUACUCUGUCUCCUCCUACUCUUCCGUCAUUCUUCCGAUCUCCAUGCCCGAACAUAUCCGUUUUCGACAGCUAUGAGCGGCAUGCAUCACGCUCCCAUCCCCGACGACCUAGAGUCCGGAGAUGAUCUCGAACGUGUGCCUGUCUUGCACCACAACGACUCCAAUCACUCUAUCGACUCGAACGGCAGUCGUGCCUGGAGCUUCAACGACGUAACGAGUGACGCUGCUGGCAUCGCUGUCGUCAGUCCUGAACCUAACAACACCACCACUGCCACCACGACUCCCCACGCCAGUCUGUUCUCCACCGGCACACCUCCUACCUCAUCCUCGCCCGUUACCGACACCACGCGCACCCAUGUCAAUGCCUCGUCCUCCUCCAACUCCUCACGAUCACUUUCUGUUCUAGCCAGCGCUGCCAACAUGACGAGGCGCACGGCCCGGUUGACCGUCCCGGAUGAGCGCCCUCAACCUCCCAUUGUUCAGCUCAGCGCUCAGAUUCCGAGUGCUCAAAAGGACAUUGACGACCCUACUACUCCUAUAGAGAACCGCAGGUCCCAGGAUGGUGGAAUCUCUCGCGAAUACGCUACCCUCACUACGCUCAGUCGUCUUUUCGCCGGCGAUACAACUACUAUGCCCAACUCCCGUACUCCCUCGUACAACCAUGCUGCAGGUCCGUUAUACUUGCGAGCUUCCUCCGAAUCCAUCUCUCUCCCCGACCAUCUCUACACCCGUGGCCUGCUCGAAGGUCGCCAUUCGGAUAUAACGGUCGUUGCAUUCGGCAAAGAAUAUCACCUACAUCGCCUGAUCCUCGAUCGAGCACCCUUCUUCACAACCGCCCUGUCUGAACCCUGGCUGGAGAGCCAGUCGAAGGAGGUCAAGCUAUAUCCCGAAGAGAUCGAUGUGAGCAUUACACAGGCGGCAUUCGACUUAGCUAUCAAGAAACUGUAUGGUGUGGAUAUAUCUAAAGAAUGCGAUGCUGAAGCUAUUGGGCUAUUCGCCACAGGCUGCUGGCUGGAAAUGCAGGACCUCAUCGAUGGUUCUAUUGAGUCCAUCCUUAGACAAAUGAAUCCGGAAAACCUGGCACCGCUCAUCCGGUUGGUCACGAUGAACUAUUAUGGCAGAUCUGGCGAGCGAAUCUUGGAAUCCGCAAAGGCCAUGCUCAGCAGGAACGGCUGGGAAAUGCCGCUCAAGUAUUGGGAUGGCAUGCCCGGAGAUAUUAUCCGAGAAAUGGUCGCUUCGGACGGGUUCUUCGUUGACAGCGAAUGGGAUAGGUGGGUGCUUUGCAAACGUCUCCUAGACCGACGUCUACGACAAGCAGCCUUGGACGCUGGUCUGAUCGAACGCGGCCAGAAACCUAUUCCUAAGGCACCAGACUCACUUCGUCUCAUGGCAAUUCGCUUCGAUGCAGUGUACCGCCAAAACUCAUUGACAGUUGGCCAACCCGUGUCCGACAAGAACGCCGAAUGGACAGCCCUGUACACAAACCCAGACAUCGAGCGUGUCCUUGUUCUGCUAGACGAGGGCAUUCAUUAUAUCCACAUGGACUACGAACAGCUACAAUUCAUUAGGACGGCACGUGACAUCUUUGGACUACCGGUCAUGCCCGAUAAGGUAAUAUCGGAUGCUUUGUGGCAACAGCUUGCCUUGAGGCAGAAGGUUCUUAGUGCCGAUGAGUCGGCUCAAGAACUUGGGCUCUGUAAGACUGCGCCCGACCCAGUCACGACAGCCGUAAGGGAGCGAGGAUCGUCAUCCAGAGGAAAGAAUAAGACCCCGGUCACGUCCUCGACACAAGAGGACGAAGAUGUUGAGUCCGGGAGCUGGGACGGGAAUGGCAAGCCACGGAAAUUUUGGAUCCCUAGUUCUGAUUGCAACAUUGUACUAGGAAAUGGGGCUGAUCCCGUUGUGACCACCAGUAGCUCAUUCCAACGACAUGCGACACGCCUCUCUGCGACGUUACAGCCCGAAGACGCACAAUGGGCGACGGAUUUUGCAUCCUCGCCUUCAACUAUGGCCAACCCGAAUACACGAGCUGACCACCCGGCAAGGCCGAUAUCAGCGGGAGGAAGUAAUGCUGGCCAGCCGAACCCCAUCGCCUACACCGAAUUUCCUCCCUUCCGAUUCUCGGCCGAGUUCCCCAAUCCGCGCUUCCUGAAGGAAAAGAAACGAGUCUAUUCACGUACCGUCUCUUACGCAGGCUCCCUCUGGAACAUAUACAUACAAAAGGUUCGCUCGGCCAAGAACGUCCAACUUGGGGUCUAUUUGCAUCGUGCCAAGGAGCGAGAGGGUGAGGAACACUCUUCUGGUUUGAGCCAGCAGAACGCAGCUUCCGUAGACGAGCGAAUUGGUCAACUGGAACGCGAAUUGCUUGUCCGCAGCGAACGCCGCGACCGACGACGGGAUACUCGGGCGCUGCCUCCUCCCGAUCCUAACGCGGACGAUGAUACAAGCGGUAGCGGUGGUGACCCCGAUAACCUGACAUCAACUGGUUCUCGAAACCCGUUGUUCGCAUCUAGCACGACCAUGGGACGCCGACGAGGGCUCCUUCCGCUGGCACAUGUGUCAAGAUCAUUAUCAUCACCGUUCCAGCCCGGCGAGGACGCUGUUUCGGCUGCAGCCGAUGGGGAGAUGUAUCCAUCGACCCUUGAUACUCCAUCAGACGAUGAUGCCUAUAGCCUUUCCUCAGAUGACGAGGAAAUGUCCGCUUAUCCAAACCCUACUUUCCUUCACAUGCCCAGGAAGUCUCGCAACCUUUCUUCUACUCUUCCCAGUUACGUCGAUGCACGUCCUACCAUCAAGACAUAUUUCAAGAUCUACAGUCCCAGCAAAGGGGGACGCAUGUUGAGCAUCUACGAGAGCGCGCCCGACCGAUUCAAUUUCAGCCAGAGCUGGGGCUGGAAGAGCAGCACUCUGAUGCUGGAUGAGGUUGCACUCCAUGCUAAUGGGAAAGAUGAGGACCCCCUGAGUAGCGAAGUUCUUGCCGAGAGAAGGAGGAGCGGAGGCGGAAAAUUGAGGUUCAUGGUAGUUAUAGGAAAUUUGUAAUCCAACGGUGCCUGGUUUGGGCCGUUGCAGUGGUACAAGAAUGCGCUGGAUCGGUAGGAAGUUGUGGAGUAUGUUCUAAAAUG